UCUCCUUGCUUUCUCUUUCACGUUUUAUUUUUUCUCUGAGAUUCAUUGCAGUCUCCUUUCCUUGGCACCUUGAUAUCACUUUCCUUCUUUGCUCAUUGGGAGGCUUUCUGAUUCUAAUAGUUGCAUAUCACAUGCUAUGUUUGGAUGCGUUUUACUAUUUUCUUUUCCUUGUUCCCUUUAUGUCUUCCUUUCUCACUAUAAUCACACUGGGGGUGGGGAUGGGACAGACAAAAAACUACUACGUGGGAUACACCAGAAGAGGGCAACCUCAAGCAUCAUAUGGGCUCAUACAUACUGGAAAGGCAACUCAGGGGAAAUAUGGGGUCAUGAGGGAGAGUCAUGCCCUACGGUGUUUGGUCGCGCAUACCGGAAUUUGUUGUGUCAGUGUAAUGUUUAUCCGUCUACUGGGUUUGUUUAAUCUUUGGAUGUUGUCACGUUUCCUCGAACCAGAAGACUCAAAGUCCGAAUCUGCAUCGCUUUCCGCAGUCCCAUUGAGAAUGGCAAACAUGGACCGGAGCCCCGAGAGGAGGGAAAGGGUGUCAUAACAAUUUUCGUUUUUUCUGGUAGAGGGAGCAUCCCAUUGGCUCGAUUCCUGCCCCAAACAGACCAAUAUUUUCUUUUCGACACUCAAACCUUUUUCGUGAUGAUCGCUCACCGCAUCCAUCGGGAGGUGAUUUCAAAUUUGAUGUCAUUUGCUGGGGUUUGGGGAUGGCUUGUUUUGUGAAUGCUUUUCGGUAAUAGGCAGUGUUAGUAGUGGUCUCUAAGCGCCGUGUCCCCUUGGAAAGAACGCCCGCAGUUGAA